AUAAAAGUCCAUAGAGCCGAACGGUCAGUCUUAGCUUCUAAAUAUAUUCAUAAAUUGACUUUAAAAAAUUGAAUAAUUAGUUAACUUGACCUGCAGUUUUCAUCGCUUGUGCGAUGGCGUCAAUGUCGUUAAAUUCAAUAAAACAGAUCAUGAGAGCGAUGGUGGACAGUCCUGGAUUUGACCGGGUUUUAAGUAAGGUGGAGGUAUUGUCUGCAGCCCCUGGGAAAGUGGUGUGCGAGCUGAAGGUGGAGGAGGAGCACACUAACAGAGGAGGCACUCUUCACGGAGGGCUGACUGCCACACUGGUGGAUGUGAUCUCCACCACGGCCAUCAUGUACAGCGAGAGAGGAGCUCCCGGGGUCAGCGUGGACAUGAACAUAACAUACAUGAACGCAGCUAAAAUUGGAGAAGACGUCCUGAUCACUGCACAGGUUUUAAAACAAGGAAGGACUCUAGCAUUUGCAACAGUAGAUCUCACCAACAAGGCAAACGGAAAACUCAUUGCUCAGGGAAGACACACUAAACACCUUGGCAGCUGAUUGAUAUUGUACAUGCCGUGUAAUGGACAUGAAACAUGUUGUUCUUUAAGUUAUCUAAUAAACUCCGGCAUAAAAAUCUUUGCACUGUGUUAGUAUAUGUUCAGCAGUGUUUAUUUCAACAGAAUUAUUCAAACAAUGGGUACAUCAAAAUAAAGACAAAGACCCACCUUCCCCUUCGACGUGAACUCAAUUUCAAAAAGGGGGGGAAAAAAAAGUAAUAUUUUUAUGCCUUAAGAACGGACAGAGAUGGCUUACAGAUACCAAGUCCCAAGCACUGCAAUAUUUAGUACUCUCAGAACAGGGUGGUCUAUAAAAGAUAAACAAAUCCGUAAUGAUCCAUUUCAAGCUUCACUACGAAAUUUCUCAUUAGGUACAUAAGCUUGAACAUCAGUCUCCCAUCACAUACCCACCACCAAUGAUUACAUCUGGUAUCAGUAGCUCGUAUGUAUAUAUAGUGCAUGAGUUGCUCAACUGGUGACAAUUACCAUCCCAAGGAAAAAAAAAAACAGCAUCAGAAUUCCUCCAACAGACAGUUUGUCAACCACUUUAGAUAUACACCACACACACCGCACCUCCGUCCCCAUCAGGCAACACUCCUCCAGAAAUGAUAAAACAAACAAGUUGUCAUAUUAUAGGCAAGGAAUGACACUCAAAUUAAAAUGUCCAGCAAAAACUAAGGCAGUAACUGAAUGAGAAGCAAUGCCUACACCAAAUGAGUUAACAAGUAUUGUUCACCUUGUAAUAGAAGCCUUUUGAGGAAGACUACCCAGGCUCUUUUGUCCUCCGUCACUGAUUGUCAUUACUCAUGAAAUCCCUACUGAAUAUAACAGACAUGUUAACUAUCCCUCAUGACAGUGAUGUUAAAGCCAGUCCAACACACGAGGACCACAUGUGAGAGACCUCUGUCAUUGGUUUCCUUUUUUUUAGUUUUUUGUUUUGUUUUCGUAACGUAAAGAGUUCCUUCGGUGACUGGUAUUGUUGACGGUGCAGCUCCAAGAGAACAACCACUCAAAAUCAAUGUUCAUGCAGGUUCAAAUAAAAACUGAUCAAAGAGAGGGGAGAUGGGAUGAACCAAAGCAAGAUUGGUUGAGGGAGGAUUAAACAAAAAAAAAAAAAAAAAAAAAAAA